UUUCUAAAACCGUAUAGAUAAAUUGGUGUGGUUAGGUCUUAUGACCUACCAUACAUUGUUUCUACUACUUUAUCUCUUCGCCCCCUGUCAUCCAUCGUUUCUGGCCCUGCGUUUGAUUCACUUCCAUGGCAAGGGGAAAUGAGAUUACCAAUUCCGCCUUUACUGAAAUUAUGGCGCCCUCUGCAUCGUCUUCAAAUCCAACGAAGAAGGUGCGGUACGAUGUAUUCAUAAACCAUCGCGGCCCUGACACCAAGCAAACCCUAGCCGCCUCAAUCUACCGUGACCUCAAACUCAUGGGACUUCGGCGUUUUCUUGGAUGAACCAGAGCUCGAUCUUGGUGAUUCCAUACCCUCAGAGAUACAACAUGCCAUCGCUACUUCUUUUCUUCAUAUUGCUAUCCUUUCACCCACAUAUGCAGAAUCCACUUGGUGUCUGGAAGAGUUGUCCCUUAUGCUGAAAACUGGCCAGACUAUCAUUCCCCUGUUCUACAAUGUUGAUAUCAAUCAUAUCCGUUGGAUUCGUAAAGGAGAUGGACCCUAUGCUGAAGCAAUUUCCAAGCUUGAAGCCAAGGAGAGAUAUAGUCCAGAAAAGAUUGAGGAUUGGAAGUCGACGCUGGAAAAGGUUUCAUAUCUUAAGGGCUACAUUGUCAACAGUAAGAAAAAUGCAUCUUUGUACAGUGAUGAAGAAGUGUUGAAGAUUAUUAAAAAUUAUGUUCUGAAGAUGUCCAGAAAGACUCCAUUUGUGAUGCCCAAACAUCUUGUGGGUCUUGAUAAAAUCUUACAAGACUUUGAAAGAAGUGUAUUGCAAUCUUCUAAAAAUGUAAAAAUUGUGGGGAUUACAGGUAUGGGAGGGUGUGGAAAAACCACAUUGGCAAAACAAUACUACAACAAGAUGAUACAGUCCUCCUACAGAUGUAGUUUUCUUUUUGAUGUUUCAACUAAACAUUUGUAUGAAAUGCAAAAAAAAAUGUUUCGAGAUCUUGGUGGUUCAGAAGAUGUAUCAUUUGAUAGUAUAGAAGAAGGAAAAGCAAUUUUAACAGAGCAUUUGAGUUUUGUUCAGGUAUUUAUUAUCUUGGAUAAUGUAGAUCAUAUAGAUCAAUUAGAAUCUCUCUUACCAAUAAAAGAUGAUCUUGGGCAUGGCAGUGUGGUUGUGGUUAUAAGUCAAAAUUCGCACAUUUUUACAUUAUGGGGAAUUCCUUCUGAUUCUAUUUUCAAGAUGGAGGAGUUUAAUUCUGGACAUUCUAUGGAACUAUUUUGCUGGCAUUCUUUCGGAAAACCCUCUCCAAAAGAUGGAUUUGAAUGUCUUGUUAGUGGUUUUUUAAAAUUCUGCCAUGGAUUGCCAUUAGCCCUCAAGGUAUUAGGAGGACUUGUGCAUGGAAGGUCGAAGGGUUUUUGGGCUUCGCAAUUGGAUAAGGUCUCGAAAUCAUUGCCCAAAGGCAUUAGAAGCUUGCUAAAAGUGAGCUUUGAUGCACUAGAUGAGGAAGAAGAGAAGGAGAUAUUUUUAGAUAUCUCUAUUUUCUUCAUAGGAACAGAAAAGGAUUCAGCCAUCGCAGUGUGGGAUGCGUCCGAAUGGAGUGGGGAGUGUAGUUUGCAAAUACUCGUGGAUAAGUCUUUGGUUGAGAUAGAUGAGUAUAACUGCUUGAGAAUGCAUGAUCUGCUGAGAGAUUUGGGAAGGGACAUCUCAAAGACAAAGUCACCGUACCGCGUUUGGUCAUCGGAGCAAAUUACCCAUAUUGAGGAAAAGGGGAAGGGAAGCGUGCAGAUUCGGGGAAUUAAAAUUCGAACGGAAGAGGUUCAUGAAGACUUUGUGGAGCUUGUUCAAGGAUCAGGUAGAAGGUUGAAGCGAAAACGGGGUUUAAAAAUCGUGGAUGUUGAAAACAAUUAUCUUACAGAAGAAUUAGCACCAGUAUCAGAAGGCCUUGUAUCGCUGCGAUGGGCCAAGUUUCCGCAUACAGCUAUUCCGCCAUGGAUUUCGUUGAAGAAGUUGAGAGUUUUAGAGCUUUGCGAGGCUUCUAAUUUAGAAGAACCGUGGAGGGAGAGUGCCAACCCUCCUGUGCAGUUGGAAGUGCUGAGAAUCAUUCAUGCCGGAAGUUUCCUGAGAUUUCCAAGGUCAAUAGGAUUUCUAAAGCAUUUAAAAAAGAUAUAUUUUUAUGGCCAAGGAGCUCCUAUUGAAGGUUUACCAGAUGAGUUUUGCUGUCUCCAAUCGCUGGAGCGCCUGGAGUUAGUUGGAUGUGAUGAGCUAAAAUCAUUGCCUAGCAAGUUCGGUGAUCUGACAAAUCUGCAGCAUCUAAUUUUGAAAAGAUGCCGUGGGAUCGAAGGUUUACCAGAAGAUUUUGCCUGCCUCCAAUCACUGAAGGAGUUAGUGUUAAGUGAUUGUCAUAAGCUAAAAGCGUUGCCUAGCAAGUUCAGCAAUCUCACAAAUCUGUGGAUGACCUUCAGCAAAGUGCCGGUGAUCGACAAUAUAAAUAUGAUGGAUAUGGAGAGUUUGAGGUGGGUAAACAUCAUGCUAGAAUGUCACCGGCUAUCAGCAUGUGGAGCUUGCCUUCAAACAAUAAAUAGAGAGAAAUGGCCAUCCAGAUUAACGAUUUGUGUAAAGAGUGUGGCUGGCGUGGAGGCGAUUGUGAAGUCUAUUUCAUCUCCUGCUCUCACUUUGGUUGACUCGUUCCACCGGCGGAAGAGGAGAUAUUCUUGGUCGCUCGACGAUAAUUAUUGGCGGUAUGUCUUUUUGACAGAGCGUCCUGCCAACGCGGCAGCGAUGAUAUGCCUUGUUAUAGAUUCCAAAAAUGUCAACUUUCUUAAGUUGACUAGUGUUAUAGAUCUCAAUUAUUAUAGUGAAGGUUUUUGGCCAGGACCAAACCAUUGUGAAACGUAUUUAUGGCGUGGAAAAAGGGUAUGCAUAGGCAUCUUCACUGCAUCUUCACUCGUGGGAAGCGAAGUCUCUUUCUCACUAGGUUGGAAAAAGGGCCAUGCGGAAGAAGAAUUGGUAGAGAUGGGAAUAUUAGUGAUGGGCGAGGAAAGUGAAGUUGUGGAUGCUUUUUAUCAAUUAGUACAAGAUUUGGGAAAAGCACAAGAUAUUUGUGAGCCUCGAUGAAUUUGUAAAUCUGAAUAAUUAUAAUUUAAGGAUAGAUGAUGGAAAAUUAGGUUGUAAAUAUUAUAAAUUUUAUUGUGUAAUAUUUGUAAUUAAAUUGUUUUUAAUUGAAGAAUAUUUAUGUUA